UGCAUGUUUGUGUGUGUGUGUGGCUGCGCCCACUCCCGUUACGUACAUGUAAUAAACCAGUGCGAUAAGAGCAGCCCGUGGUUUCACUCGUGUCCUCGUACUCGUCACUGGCGACGAUCCGGUUAAUUCCCACGUGUUUCGCGAUAAAUAAAAUGUCGAGUGCUAAUUUCGGUGUGUUAGAUACUUUUGAUCAUAAUGUUCAAAGUUGGAAAAGUUACAAAGGCCGACUGCAGCAAUAUUUUAUCGCAAAUGACAUAGAUAAUUCGAAAGAUGCGACAGGAACAAAAAGACGGGCCAUCUUACUAACGGCACUCAAAGAAGAGACUUACAAACUCGCAGCGGAUUUGGCCCUGCCUAAAGAACUGGACAGUGUGCCUUAUGAAGACAUUAUAAAACUUUUGGACGACCAUUUCACACCCAAGCGCGUUGGAUUCGGCGAGCGUCACAAAUUCUACGCCGCGGUACAACAGGCCGGCGAGUCCCAUACGCAGUGGGCCGCUCGCUUACGUGGCCUCACCGCUUAUUGUAGCUUCAGCAACGUAGAAGAGGCAUUACGCGAUCGGUUUAUAAUGGGUUUGCUACCAGGCAUCGAAAAGGAAAAAUUGUAUGCGCAAAACAUCUCGGAGCUGACGCUAACGAAAGCUGUCGAGUUCGCCGAAAACAUUCGCUGCGCGCGCGCCGGGGCCUCUGCAGCUGGUAUGACGCCUUCGUCGGGCGACGUCUUCAAAAUCGGGUCCAGUAAACAGCAAAAUAAGGCUGACGGGAAAGUGAAGUGUUCAACUUGUGGCUACACUAAUCAUAAAGUGUCGGAGUGUCGGUUCACUAAUUACGUCUGUAAAAAGUGCAAAGUUAAGGGUCAUUUAGGUAGAAUGUGCCCUAGUGUUAAAUAUUUAGAUGUUAAUUACGAUGCCGAGGACGAUGACGGUAAGUUGCACAAUAUUCGCUCUGUUAAGGGGAAACCUAUGGUCGAAACUGUUACUAUACAUGGCAAAAAUAUUCAAUUUGAAGUAGAUACUGGGGCUGCCGUUUCUGUGAUAUCUCCAAGUUUUUAUAAAAUGCAUUUCAAUUACAUUCCAUUGUCACCUCCAACGAAAGGCCUGCAUGGUUACACCAAUAAUAAAUUGCCGUGCGCGGGUAUGGUGCAGUUGCCAAUCGAGUAUUGUGGAGCUACCCAUACGAUAGAUGUACAUAUCGUAUAUAACGGUUCCGCUCCAAUACUAGGCAGAGAUUUUAUUUCUAAAUUUAAUUUAGAAUUGGCCCCUACCAGUACCUACUGCAACAAAAUUAAUGCCGUUGAACAACGUUUUCCACAGCUGUUUUCAGACAACUUAGGAUGUUUUAACAAAUAUAAAGUUAAAUUAACUUUAAAAGAAGGUUCUCAGCCAGUGUUUUUUAAGGCACGUCCUGUAGCUUUUGCCUUACGGGAUAAACUAAGUAAAGAAAUCGAUAGGUUGGUCGAUUUAAACGUCUUAGUUCCCGUAGAACAUUCGGAGUACGCGUCCCCCGUGGUACCUGUACUAAAGCGUAAUGGUUCCGUAAGAUUGUGCGCGGACUACUCGGUCAGCAUCAACAAGCAAUUAGUCAUAGACCAAUAUCCGUUACCGACUGCUAACGAGUUAUUUGCAAAGUUACAUGGAGGACAAAAGUUUUCUAAACUAGAUUUAUCAAUGGCUUAUAAUCAAUUGAUGUUAAGCGAAAAAUCUCAGAAUUUAACUUGUAUCAAUACACAUCGAGGUUUGUAUAAAUAUACACGGUUAAUUUUUGGGCUAAGCAGUUCUCCUGCAAUUUUCCAACGCACAAUGGACGAACUGCUCGCGGGCAUGGAGGGCGUGCUGUGCCUGCUGGACGACGUGCUGGUCACGGGCCGCGACGACCAGGAGCACGUUGCCAGGUUAAACGCGGUCUUACAAAAGUUACAGGACGCAGGACUAACCUUACAAAAGGAAAAAUGUGAAUUUUUUAAGAGUGAAGUUAGCUACCUAGGGUACAUUAUUAACAAAGACGGGUUGAAAAAAUGUACUGAUAAGGUAAAAGCCAUUGUUAACGCCCCAGUCCCUAGCAGUGUACAGCAACUUCAAUCCUUUUUAGGGUUAGUUAAUUAUUACAGAAAUUUUGUUCCCAGUGCGUCUAGCAUUUUAAGCCCCCUGUAUGAUUUGCUAAAAAAGAUGAAAUGGACUUGGACCACGGCGCAUGAAGAGGCUUUUCAUAAAAUUAAACAAUGCCUGGCGUCUGAUCAAGUCCUAGCGCACUACAACCCUGAAGCUCAGCUAGUUCUGACUGCUGAUGCGUCACCGUACGGACUUGGUUGUAUUUUAUCGCAAAUUGAGUCGGACGGCCAGGAAAGACCAAUAUCCUAUGCGUCACGCACCCUCAAUUCCGCGGAGAAGCGCUACUCUCAAAUUCAAAAGGAAGCUACGGCCCUUGUCUUUGCAGUACGUAGAUUUCAUCAGUAUCUGUACGGCAGAUCCAAACCCUUCAUAUUACGAACGGAUCACAAACCCUUGAUUUCAAUAUUUGGGCCGCACCGGGGAAUACCGGAAGUCUCCGCUAAUCGCCUACAGAGAUAUGCUAUUUUUCUAAGUAGUUACAACUAUAAAAUAGAAUUCGUUCGUAGUGCAAAUAAUAGCGCGGAUUACUUGUCUCGGGCAUGCGCGCCAGAAGGGGAGGGCCGGGGAGCGCGGGCGCAGCAGACACGUGCUCGCGCAGCAUAUGUGUGUUUCGUAGUAGAAGGUAGCUUACCGAUAACGCUACAAGAAUUACGCGAUGAAACACACAAAGAUGUAACAUUGUGCCAAGUUAUUAAAUAUACGCAGCAAGGGUGGCCUAAGAAAAUAAAUAAUGUAAAAUUAAAACCAUUCCAUUUAUGUAAUACGCAGCUGUCAGUGGAAAAUGGAUGCUUAAUGCGUGGGCACAAGGUCGUUAUUCCUGAGAACUUACGUUACAAGGUUUUGUCAGAAUUGCAUGCUUCUCAUUUAGGAAUCGUGAAAACUAAGGCAGAAGCCCGUUCCCGAUUCUGGUUCCCAGGUAUAGACGAAGCUAUCGAAACGUUAGUAGGUACUUGUGAUACAUGCAUUCAACUGCGGCCGGCACCAGCGCGCGCGCCACUCGCGCACUGGAAAUUCCCGCCUCAGCCAUUUUUCCGAGUACACAUUGAUUUUUGUGGCCCAAUAAACGGUCGAUCAUACUUAGUGAUAGUUGAUGCUUAUACUAAGUGGGUGGAAGUCUUUGACAUGAACAGUUCCACUACUUCCACCGCCGUCAUAGAUAAGUUAUAUGAAUACAUGUCUAGAUACGGCCUGCCCCACACCAUAGUAAGUGACAAUGGAACGGCAUUUUGCUCACAACAAUUUGUUGAUUUUUGUUCAUUGAACGGAAUAUCACAUGUGACGUCCCCCCCCUACCAUCCGCCUAGCAACGGCCAGGCAGAAUGCUACGUUAGAGUUUUUAAGAGGGGAUUAAAAUCUUGUUUACUUUCGAGCACCAAUGUGAAAGAAAACAAAAUCAAAUUACUUAAAUAUAUGUUCGAUUAUAGAAAUUCCAUACAUUCGACCACAGGGUUCUCACCUGCACAGCUUGUUUUUGGUCGAAAAUUAAGAUCUCGACUAGAUUUAUUAAAUCCCGUUAACUUGCCGCCGUCGUCAUCGUCUGUCGCCUUAUCUGAUGUUGUUGCAAAAAAACAGUACUUGCAGAAUAGUAAACAAAACAGGAAAAGUAAACCAGUUUUCAAGCAAGGUGAUUUAGUGUUAUAUAAACAGUUUAAAGGUAAUAAUAACAAAUACAUUUGGAGUAAAGGCGUAGUUAUAAGGAAAGUAGGGAAAGUUUUAUAUAAAAUUAAAGACUUUUCUUCCGCUUCAAUAGUAAAAAGGCAUACUAAUCAACUUAUGCCAAUAAAAGGGACGAUUACCAAUCAAAAUACAAACAAGGAUAAAAACAUACCUACACCGCCGCCGGUACAAAUGUCGAGAUGCAUCGACACUCCGCCGCCAGCGCCGUCGCCACCGCCGCCAACGCCGCCAGCGCCGUCGCCACCGCCGCCAGCGCCGUCGCCUCCACUGCCGGCCCCGCCGCCGCCUCCGCCGCCGCCUCCACCGCCAUCGCCGCCUCCGCCACCAUCGCCCCCGCCGCCUUCUCACCCAAACUUGCCACUAACGUCUCUGAGUGACAGCGUGGAUGCGAGGCCGGCUUCUCCACCACUCGAUGACCAACACGAGGCUGUAUAUUCUAGGAGUACACCGUGCCACUCACCAUCCCCUUCCACGGGGCAUUCACGAAGCCCAUCAUAUUUCUAUAUGGGGGAGAAAAGGGAUAAUCGAGAUCCAGAGACUUCUGAGCCUGCAGGGCAACCUGAGCACCCGGCCCCGCAGAUGACCAGUGCCUCGGAUGAGGAUGACUUCCAGGAGGCGAUCGAAGAACCGCAACCAGGCGACGCUCUUAGGGACCCACCGCCAACGGUGAACCCCAGAAUAAGAUUGCGUAACCGUCCCAAGGUCAAUUAUAAAAUAUAGUUACCAUAAUAUUGUAUUUAGAGAUAGUAUCGAUGCUAGGGGAAGGAAAUGUUAUGUAUGCAUGUUUGUGUGUGUGUGUGGCUGCGCCCACUCCCGUUACGUACAUGUAAUAAACCAGUGCGAUAAGAGCA